AUGGCGUCUUCUGAUAGCCACGACCAGCCAAAAAUCUCUGUGAGUUCGGAUUGUCUGCACACGUCGGCGGGCGGAGGGUCAUCGUGUCAUAGCAAGCCAGAUUUGCAUGCAACAGAGGGCACCGGAAAAUCAGAGGGUGCGGCGGAUGAUAAGACGGACGACGUGUACGCAGGCAUGCGGGAAAAGGGAGAUGGCGACGUGGUGAAGGCUCCUCUAGCCCGACAUAUGAAAGGGGAGAGUUCAAAUUCUGAGAGCAGUGGGGCGAUAGCGGAAGGGUUUCUCUACGAGAUCGACCAUGGCAAGCUUCCUCCAAAAGCACCUAUUCAACUCAAAGGCGUACGUGUUGUGCUGGUAUCGGAGAGGUCGGAGCUAAACGUCUCGGUGAAAUUUCCGAGCAUCCUUUCACUCAGGAAGUACUUUGGAAAGAACACCAUGGGACGUAAUCCGAAGGCGAACCAUCCGGAACUCGACGAGCAGUUCGUGAUGAGAGCGAACCUCGCGAUAAAGGUGCUCCGGCGUCUUGUCCUUCCAUCUGAGUUUCAAAAAGUGAGGCAUCUCGAGAGCUUCUGGAUGCUUUCUGGUGAAUUGAACAAGAGAAAUCCAAACCUGCGGGUCGUCAUCCCCCAAUGCUUAUCGUCGCCCACUCGUCAGAAGCCGAUUUCGCAGAACGACGAGCCAGAGGAGGGCGGGAUCCCUCCCGAAUGUCCAGGUGGCCCGGCUGCCAAAACCGUGUUUCUGGUGAGUUGGGGAGUUCGCCGGAAAGUGCAGUACGUGGGCCAGCACAAGGACAUCCCCGAGCUGGAGAAUAAAGAGAAUACCGAACCAUCUGGUGUUGCCUAUAGCGCCAUUAGAAAGAAGAGAAGAGAAUUGAAGAAGCGGAGGGAUGAGUGUCCACUCAAAGAGGAGCGUCCGAAGAAGGUGGCGAAGAAGGUGAAGCCGAAGGAUGUCCUGGGCAGAUGGUCGUCGGAUAGGUAUAGGGCGGCACAGCUUAAGCUACUGGACAUCAUGCACGCAAAGGGGGCGGUGCUGGGGAAGCCAAUACUGAGACCCGAGCUGCGAGAGGAGGCAAGAAAGCACAUAGGAGACACGGGCCUGCUGGACCACCUGCUGAAGCACAUGACGGACACAGUGAUCGGUAAUGGAGAGAGAUUCAGGCGUAGGCACAACUCCGAGGGGGCCAUGGAGUAUUGGCUGGAAGGUGCAAACUUGGUGGAGCAGCGCAAGGAAGCCGGUAUAUGCGAUCCCUUUUGGAUUCCUCCCCCCAACUGGAAGCCAGGAGACGAGGUGGCCCAGCAGCAGACCUCCGUUCCAACCGACCUGGCAAUGGAGCUCAGCGGAAUCAAGGACGAACUCUCCAACAUUAGAAGAGACUUGGAGACUCUUCGUUCAACCGAGACAACCUCGUUCGUCGGAAUGAAGAAGAACAGUGAAGCAUUUCUUGAAUUCAGUACAGAUAAACACCAUGGAGCUGAGCUUCGCGACCAUUUAUCGGAAGUAAUCGGUUGCUUGUUAAGAAAGAAAACGGAGCUGGAGAACCACUUAGCCGAAGUGUCCACCUCACUGAACCAAAUGCAGUUGCCACCAAAAGGAAACUACUUCUGUAUAAGCAAUUCCAUCAGUGUAGAUAGAAUUUCUGAAUCCCUAUUGAACCCAUCUAAGCGUACUGGAUCUCCACAGGAAGAAAUGAGGCAGAUUUUCAGCCAGUUGGGAUCGUACAAGCCUCUGUGCAAGAGCAGCGAUGAAGGCGGCAAUGGCUCCGAGGAGUCGACUGGGGUCCCAGGCAAGGCAGAAGAGGACGGAGAGCGACAGCAGAAACAAUUGCAACACGGGCCGAGCGGGUUCAGGGUCUGCAAGCCGCACGGCACGUUCCUGUGGCCAAGCAUGGCGAGCAAACUUGGUACAGCCAACAACAACCUGUCCCCCUCACCGCAUCUGGUCGCUGAGGACAUCCUGACAUUCCCACCUCCAUCUGCAUCCUCCGGCACGGCCGACUCCCCCACGUCGACGCAACACCAGGCCCUCUCCCCCGUCAAGCCUCUCCCUCGGAUCCGGGCAGCCGUGGCUAAAGCAUCCCUGGUGGUGCCGGAGAAUGCAGGAGAGGUGGACAGCACCGCGGGUUGGAUGGCCGGCCCUGGGUGCAAUAACGCCGAUAGUCAAUUUGUACCAUGGACCGGUGAGACCCCGAACCAGCCGAAACGCGACAGUGGGCUCAGCUCCUUCGCUCUGAUGGCCGGUGCCUCUGCCCCUUUAAUGCCAUCACUAUGGCUGGCGCUAGCGACACCACCCUCAACCUCAUUGACUGAUCUCUGAACCCCAUCUUCUACACAAGAAUAAGAAUUUUUAAUGCUCCACCUGCUUUUUCAACCGUUGAAAGUAGACAGAACCAAGUGCCCAAUAGUUUUGUGUAAAUUUCAA